AUGUGUAUUUUCCGUGCGUGAACUAUCGCUUGUGCUCGCUCCAGCCCAGUGUUUUCGACCUUACCAUGGUCGUCAUGCAGUUCUAAGGACAAGCGGCCUAUACCUAAAAUUCAAAGGAUCAUGUUCAUCAGGUUCUGCAAGCAGGCAUCUAACAGAGAGUUGAAAAAGCGCUACCUGUCGAGCGCCAAUAACGAAUCGGAGCCGCGACGAGGCAGCGAGAUCGAGCUAACGACAUCGAGUGUCGAGCGGGGCACAACCUCGGCGUCGCACGACGACCACGGCCAAGAGACCGUCCUCAAGGAAAAUGGGUGUACGGCGCAGACGGUGGACCUGGUGGCGGACUGCCCGGAGUCGGUAGUAACGUCCUCGUCGCCUUCGUCGUCCUCGCCGCCGCCGUCGUCGCCGUCGUCGUCGUCCUCGCCGCUGUCAUCGUCGUCGUUGUCGUCGCGGCCAAUCUCACCAACGGACGUAGCGGCGAAUUCGUCGAGCCCACCGGCAAGUCCAAGUAUGGGCCAAAGGACCUCGAGCGUCGGGCUCUUGAGACCAAAAAUCUCCUUGACCUGGGUGUUGCGCGGCCAGCAGUUUCACUCGCACAACCAUCACCAGCACCAGAAUUGCGUCCAUCAACAGCAACAGCAGCAGCAGCAGCAACCACAGCAGCCGAGCAACAACAACAACAACAACAACAACAACAACAACAACAACAACAUAAUCAACAACAACAACAACAACAACAACAACAACAACAACAACAAUAUCAAUAACAACAACAACAAUAAUAACAGCAAUUUACUCAACAACCAACAUUCAGUGGUGGUCGAAUUGCACCGAGAGAAAGACACGAAUCCUGCGAAAGAGCGCGAGGAGAAGGAGCGCGCAUUUCGCAGGAGCGUCAAAAGCGUGAAUAGCGUAAAAAGCGCGAAGAGCGCGAAGAGUGGCAAAAACAACGAGGCGUCGUCGAGGAAUAAGGACAGAAACAAGGAGAAUCUGGACAAAGCGGACAGAAAGACGAUUCCGCAGCACACCUACGACAAGAUCGAGCGAGCCGACGCGGUGACGGAGAAGAAUCAGCUGAACGAACCGACGGUGCUAAGCGAAAAGCGAGCGCUGGAAAAGGAUCAUCAAGUAAUCAAAGAAGCCAAGGGGAUCGACAAAGAUAAAGUGAAGCGAGCCACAUCCGAGCUAAACCUGAUAGCUCAGGAAGCGAGCAACAGCGGCAACAAUGCAACGCGAGAGAAGCCGCACAGGCAUCGAAAACCCAAACGCGCCCACAGACCAAAAACGCCCAGCACGUUCGGCUACGAGAUCGCCGAUCUCGAUUCGUUCCUCGCGAAGGCAACGAUCGAGCAGCCAGCCAACAUUCCGGUGGUACUAUCGACAGCGACGACACUGUACCAAACGCAAAACGGCACGCAAGCCGAGUUGGCUUUGCCCCUUGGCACAGUGGUCAACGCGAUUUUUAAGAAUCAAGCUUGGCUUUACGUACAGACGCCUCAUGGCCACGAGGGUUACGUCGGUUACGCAGCUUGUCUUGCGCUUGGGAUACUACCCCAGUCGACUCGCGGACAUUGUUGGGAGGAUUCGACCGAUGUGUUUCCCAGGCCGCUCGGUAACCUAACGGACACCGAAAAGCUCCGUGAUACGCGUUCCGAGUGCGGCGGCACUAGCAGACGAACAACCACCAGUAGCAAUAACAGCAACAACAAUAACGAAACACGUUGGGCCCGUCGAGCACAGUCUGUAAUACCACGCUCGACGUCGACCGAUCAGCAGCAGCAACAGCGCGAAUCGAAAAGCGUCCGACAUACGUUGUUGUUGGUACGCGAGGAUUACGAGGAUAACGAAUCGAGUGAGACGUUGAAUGUGAGCAAAGGCGACGUGGUGGUACUGCUGGCCGAGCGUGCGCCCGACUGGUUUUGGGUGAGAACUCGCGACGGACGACAAGGUUUUAUACCAGCCGCUGUGGUUGGCCACGGCUUUUUAUGAAAAUCAAUUCACG